AUUCGUGUGUGAGACUGAGAGCAGAGACAAUAGGGAUAUAAGUAUUUAAACAAUGCAUUUAAAAUAUUAGAAUCAGUAGAAUGAAUUAUUCAGAUAAUCGAUACAGCUAUUUCCACUGACAUUACAUUUUAAUUUUUUUUUCGCCGAAAUACCCGUGAUUCGAAAAAACCCACCUCACAGAUAGUAUUUAAACCGCCACUACCGAGACGGUCGCACACAGAAAAGAAAAAAAAUCUAAGGAAGCAAUUAAAGUGUUAUCGGAUCGAAGACCAGAAAGUAAAAAUGAAGAAAUCUACCAAGAAAUCAACUUCCACCUUCACCAAAAAUGGAAAAACGGUGACGAAAACCGUGGUGGAGGAGACCAUAACAUACCCGGACGGUCGGGAAGAGACCACGACAACAGAAACGAUCGAGGGUGAGGAUGGAGGACCUUCAGAAACAGUCGCAAAAUCUAUUGGCCAGGGGGAGCCACUGUCAGCUGCAUUUAAUGCAAUGGGACUUGAUAGUAAAGGACCCGCUGGGAACAACCAGAGCUUGGACGAAUGUAACCAAGAUGCACUAAAAGCACACAAUGAAUUACGUGCCAAGCACGACGUUCCUCCCGUCAAGCUGGCGCAGGAUCUUCAGAAUUACGCACAGAAGUGGGCCGAACAUAUGGCAAAGACUGGAAAUUUCAGCCACAGUGAUACCACCUUGAACUCAAAGUCUAUUGGUGAAAAUAUAGCAUUCACCGGCUCUUCUCAACCAACGGACUACUCAGGAAAAAAAUUCACAGAAGCGUGGUACAGUGAGAUAAAGGACCACAACUUUAGCAAAGAUCACCAGAGUGGAACUGGUCACUUCACACAAGUCGUUUGGAAAGGUACCAAGGAGGUCGGUUUUGGAAAGGCAAAAUCCUCCGACGGGUGCAAGGUGUAUGUGUGUGGGAGUUACCGUCCCGCGGGAAACAUGCUAGGAGAUUUCAAAAACAAUGUGUUUCCACCGCAAUAAGACCACAGUUACACGUGUUAGAGAAAUUCUAUAGCGUGCUUUAUCUAAGUGUAUUUUAUUAACGACAUUUAAUAUUUUAUACGUACUGUUAGAUGGAGAUAUUCUAGAAGAUAAUAAAUUUUAUUCAUGUUACGUCGAA